AUGGAGUGGGGGGGGGAGGAGGAGUAGGUCGCUGUAGCCUGUUGCUCAUGUUCAGGCAGUGUGCUGGUAGCACUCCUGAAACGCAGCGCUUGUUCUCAGAUGACGUGGAGCUGGAGCUCUGAACUGCAGCUCAUGUCGUCUCCUGCUUGCCUCCUGUUCGUCUCUUGAUCGUCUCCUGACCGUCUCUUGGCUCAUCUCCCUCUGUCCCCCAGCGUUCUCUCUGCGCUUCAUUUACUGCUGAUUUCCAAACACCAUGAACAUGAUAAGCUGCAGGUGAACUAACCCAAAACUGCGUUGUUUUAGAUCUUCACAGCUCAUCGUGAUAUGGGCAGGUGGGUCAUGACACCCUGUUAAGAUGCCUGCUGAGCAAAGCCGAUGAAGAGAUUAACUUGAACACUCAGCCAGCAUCAGCGACAUCACUCUCGAGGCACUGUGUUCCUCCACAGACCACUAUGCUCUUGAUUCCUGGAAGUGCUUUGACAUAAUGGAGCUUUACCGCAGAGAAAGCUAUGAGCUCACUGGCCCGCGCCUGCAUAGUGCAAUGAAGAUGGACGAUAAAUGGGUCAGGACCAGCAUGUGAGGGCUGGCGGACUGGCAUGUGAUCCGCCCUGAGGAGCAGGUGGCCGGGUGAAAGAUGACUUUGCUGGCUGGCGAUGGCUCUGACUAUGACUACAGCGCCCUUAGCUGCACCUCAGACAACUCCAUAAACCCACCACCUGUCCAGGAGCAGGAGGCUCUUAAGGGCGUCUACUAUAAGCGGGCUCAGCGUCUCCUUGCGGUGACCCCCACCGGCGACGGUUCGAGGGCGAACGCCCCGGGCGGGGCCCCAGCCAGUGCACAGCGUCCACAUGCCAUCAUCAACGUGGGUGGCUUGCGUUACCGCCUGCCGUGGAGCACGCUGGAGGAGUUCCCGCUGUCACGCCUGGGCCGGCUGAGACUGUGCAGCAGCUUUGAUGAGAUCAUGCGCGUGUGCGACGACUACGACGUGGCACACAACGAGUUCUUUUUUGACCGCAGCCCGUGCGCCUUCCGAGCCAUCCUGACGUUCCUGCGUGCUGGCCGGCUGCGUGCGCUUCGCAACACGUGCGCCCUCUCCUUCCGCGACGAGCUGCUCUACUGGGGUGUGCCCGAGGAGAGUCUGGAGUGGUGUUGCCGCCGGCGCCUACUCCAGCGUGCCGAGGAGUGCGAUGAACUGGAGCGUGCCGCCGCCGAGGAGGAGGAGGACGAAGAAGAGGAGGAGGCGGACGAGCAGAGCGAAGGCGGCCGUGGGGGCUCACGGCUGGCCCGCUGCAUGGCCAAGCUCAGGGACAUGGUAGAGAGGCCGCACUCAGGCCUGCCUGGAAAGAUCUUCGCCUGCCUCUCUGUGUUGUUUGUCACCAUCACGGCUGUGAACCUCUCCAUUAGCACCAUGCCCGCCAUGAGGGUGGAGGAGGAAGCGGGAAAGUGUUCUCAGAUGUGCUACAACAUCUUUAUCGUGGAGACAGUGUGCGUGGCCUGGUUCUCGCUGGAAUUCACGCUGCGGUUUAUUCAAGACCGCAGUAAACUGGCCUUCCUGCGGCGCCCGCUCAACCUGAUCGACGUCGUAGCCAUCUUGCCCUACUACAUCACGCUAGUGGUGGACAGUACCUCUUCGGGUGAGAAGAGGCUGGGAUCGGGGAGCAGCUACUUGGACAAAGUUGGCCUCGUGCUGCGCGUGCUGCGCGCUUUGCGCAUCCUCUACGUGAUGCGUUUGGCGAGGCAUUCGCUCGGGCUCCAAACUCUUGGACUGACGGCGCGCCGCUGCACUCGCGAAUUUGGCUUGUUGCUUCUCUUCCUCUGCGUGGCCAUUGCGUUGUUCUCGCCUCUCCUCUACCUUAUCGAGAACGAGGUGGCAGCCACACAAGAGUUCAGUAGCAUACCCGCCACGUACUGGUGGGCGGUGAUUACCAUGACGACGGUUGGUUAUGGUGACAUGGUACCGCGCAGUAUCCCCGGGCAGGUGGUCGCACUGAGUAGCAUCCUCAGCGGGAUUCUUCUCAUGGCCUUCCCCGUUACGUCAAUCUUCCACACGUUCUCGCGUUCCUACGUCGAGUUGAAGCAGGAGCAACAGCGGUUGUUGCAGCGACGGACUCACUUUAUGCUGCGCAGCCGCAUGGCUGGCCUCGGCAGCAAUAUGUCACUUGAAAGCGACGUCCUCUUCCCUAGCGCCUCGUCUGAUCCAAGAGACGCAAAUGACUGACAGAGGAAUGACUGGAGAAUACUGUGGACAAGGACAACCAUGUUUAGAGACAUUGCUUUAUCAAAUCCGAAGUGAGAGAGCACUCCUGAAGCUUAACGUAAUAAUCUCAAAGUGCGCCGAGCUUUUCAGUGCACAUAAACAUAAGCGACCUCAUAAAACAUAACGCAUGUUAAAAUUAGCGUCAGUGUUUCCCAGUUUUAUCCUUCUCAGUUCCGGCGAGGGAGGCAGGUCCCUUUGCUCUUAACUAUUAAUAAAUCUACUCGGUUUUUUUAAGUGGUUGCAUCAAGGAAAAAGUAACCUACCGUGUGUGUAUGUUUUUGAUUCAACAAAUUAUUUCUAAAUGUUAACGACUUUGAUGCAUGAGUUUAAGUCUAAAUGGAGCUCUUGUCCCCAUAUAUUUUAAACAGCCAGAUCAUUGUAACUCCUUUGUGUUACUAUUAUUGUAAGUUUCCAGAAUGUGGUAAUUAAGAACAUUGAUUUGAAGUUAUUUGGAAUGUCACUUUUUGCCGGUAAUUAUAUAGGACUAUUUUUAAUUUAUUUAUUUUUUUUGAAUAAUUUCUUAAAUACAUAUAUAGCAUACGGACAAUAAAUUUGUUUUGAUUUCCUUUGGUGUAUUUUACUCUUCACAUACAACAAAUAAUUUGUUUGUCAAAGAUACAAAUGUUCAAAAAUACAGAGACGAGUUACUGUGCUAUGGUGUUAACCUUAGUUUAACUAUAGUAUUUUUCCACAGAGUAAUGUCGGGUUAAUUUAUUUGGUUUCGAUGUUCGUAGAUUACCCUGUCCAUGUCCAAACCCGUUUAUCUCAUUUAAACACCAGAGGGCAGCAUUGUGACACAUACUGAUACAAAAACCUAAUUGUAAUCUAAGGUUUUGCUUUCUUUUGUUUUUUGGACAGAAAAGUGGAAAUUUCCAGAAAUAACGCAUAACUCAUUAUGAAACUGUCAUUUCAACUGUUGAAUUAUGUAUCCAAUAUGCACAUGACUUAGAAUCCAGAUGAGACUUAUCAGUCUGAUUUAAGUAAUCAGUAAAAAGGACAAGCAGAAAUCAAAAUGAGUUUUCA